UUUGCAGUAUCGCCGGGAGCGCACACAAUAGAGGAGGACAAGACGCUGCAAGCUGGAGGGCAGCGAGGAAGAGGAGGAAGAAGAUCCAGCAGGGAGAAGAUCCAUAGGAUGAUGAUGAUGAUGAUACCGCGGCAGCAGUGAUCGUGUAAAGCGACGCCGGGCUGGGAUCCGCCUGACGAGGCAGGACUGGAGUAUCCACGCAGCAGUCGUGGUGCUAACAUGGCGUAGCAUCAUCAUCAUCAUCACCACCAUUCGUCCCGCCGACGUGACCGGGGAGGAGGAGGAGGAGGACGGGGAGGCAGAGAUGGUCUCCCAGGUGGCUCAGACCCUGCGUCAGGGGGUCUGGGCGUCUCUCACCGGCGGAUGGUUCCACGACCCGGAGCAGAACAAAUUCAACAACUCCUGCCAUCUUUAUCUGUGGAUCUUUCUGCUCAUGUUGCCUCUGUCGCUCCACCUGGCCCUGCCCCCCACCACCAUGGCUCUCAGCAUCUACUGCACCUCCGUCACCGUCUUCUUUGCACUGGUCAAGCUGGCCAACUACCGGCUGCACGUCUUGUUCGACGAGGGCGAGGCGGUGGUCCGCAGCAGCCUCUCGGACCUCGGCAAGGCCGCUGAGAAGAAGAGCAACGCCUCGGACUCGCGCUUGCCGGCCAACAUCAGGAAGAGCAGUACCGUCCCAGACAGCGUUGCCAUGACGAUGCUGGCUCUCAAGCGUCCCAGUUCAGUAAUCCAGGUGACUGUGAAGCAGACCGAAACUGACCCGGGCCUUAUUGGGGUGGAAUGUUCCAAAUCGGAGGAGGUGAAGGCGGUUGAAGAGGAGAGGCCCGUGAAGAAAGGCCUGCACAAGAGCCCGGACCCUUCAUCCCCAGACGACCUGGCUAACCCCAAUCCAGGCGAGGGAACCUUUCAGAGGCCCCGAUCCCAAUCUGAACGAGAGAAGUCCGGAUCUGCCGACGGGACUGCAAAGACAGAUGUGGAAAUAAUGGACAAUGCAGAAGAACAGCCCGAGUCCACAGUGCAACCAGAAGAAGAAAGAAAGGAGGAGAAAGACUCAGAACAGGACAGAAAAGAGAAAGACAACGAUGAGAGAGAACAACUAUUUGAAGAAACAGUUGAUGAAGGUCUCCCUCCUACCACAGGAAGUGAAGAUGAUAAGGUGAAGGAGAGUGAGGGACAUAAGGAACCCUCAGAUGCCAAUAAUAACUCAAUGGAGAGUCCCCAGGAAUGCUCUUUUGAUUUCAUCGACCACCCAGAAACUGCAGCACAGGACGAGUCUGCAGAGGAGACGUACUGCUCGGAUGAAAUAGAAGUGGUCCUGGUCGACGACUCUAGCCCAGCACCUUUGUCUUCUCACCUGGAGGACACCGUCAAGAUCGUCAUCACCAUGAGUUGCGACUCUCAAACUGCCGAUCAGCUGGAAGAGCGUGUCAAGCAGAGCCUCCUGGAGAACGCACAGGCCCAAAGGGAUGCAGGAGAAUGUCACAUCAAGAUCCCUGUCAUCACCUUCGAUUUACCCGAGGAUGAGAAGCUGGAAGUUGAAGACGAUGCAGCAGCGGAAAAAGGAGAAGCAGUCGUAUCAGAAGACGACAAAACCUUAAGACAGACGGCGAGCCUAAGUGAGGAGUUUUACUUAUGCAGAGACACAAUCAGCUCCGAGUCAGCCACCAUGGAGUGUCCCAAUCCGGAUCAGGAGCAUGGGGGACUGAAUUUAACAGAUGAGGACAUUGGCAGUCCGGAGCAGACCAACGACAACAGCUCGUCUGGGGUCGAUGUUCACUCUCACCCAGAUGAUGCUAGAUUGGAUACCCUGGUUUCAAGCGUGGAUCCACAAGGUUUCCUGCGUCUUCCGCCUUCUUUUGGCCGCUAUGGGCCCGGAGGACGUACACACAUUCGCGGGCUGAGCAUGGACAGCGGGAAAGAUGCCGUGCUCCUCUCAGACUGCUCCCAGAAUACAUCGACCAUGACCACAUCCAAGUCAGACCUGGAGGCAAAAGAGGGCCAGAUUCCCAACGAAUCCAACUUCUUGGAGUUUGUUUCUUUGUUGGAGUCACUCAACACCAGAGGGGUCGGAGACAGUGCUAAGGAAGGAGAGGGGCUGGAGCUCAAAGAUGGAGCGGGAGCCUCGAUGGAGACAGACAAACAACAAUUGGAGAAUCACAGUGCAGCUUCCAGAACAGAUGAACCCAAAGACACCAACACAGACACGAAAUCAGAGCGACCUAAACCUCCCACUAGUCUGGCCCCUGACACGCUGAAGUCUGUCCUGCCUACACACAUUCCCAUUGUCUCACCAGAAAGUCCGCAGACGGACAGGGAAAAAGAUCCGGACUACGACUCUCUGCCUUCCCAAACGUCCCAGUCAGAAAGCUCCAUGCUGCAGGUCAUCUGUCGACCGGAGGCUACGAACAAGGAAGAGGCGUACACCUUCCACACUGUGCACCGAGAAAGGCCCCGGAAGCUGUACGCGGAGCGAGCCCUCAACCUGCCGCUAGGAGCCGAGCUGAUCACUGGCAACAUGUGUGACCUUCUGUCGACGUCUUCCAACUCGGAGUGCCAGGACAGCCUGGCUGGUGGCCAUGGGGACUGUCCUUUCCAACGACGCAUCAUUCCUUCGCACCGACUUCGGCCCCGAAGGACGCACCCUGAGAUCUUUCAGGAGGAAGACUCCCUGGAUGACUCCUCAGAGACUUCCACUCAGGAGAAACCCACCAGGAAGAUUUACUACAAGCUCAAACUGUUUCCCGGCAAAUGGGUCAGCAUUUUAUAUGACAGACUCACCUUGCUGGCCCUUCUGGACAGGAACCGCCAUGUGGUGGAGAAUGUGGUGGCUAUUUCCAUGGCCUUCCUGGUUUCCUUCCUCGGAUUCGUGCUCCUGAACGACGGCUGCUUCAAAGACUUCUGGGUCUUCCAGUUCUGCCUGGUCAUCGCCAGCUGUCAGUACUCCUUACUCAAGAGCGUUCAACCAGAUGCAGCUUCUCCAACACACGGUCACAACCAGCUGGUGGCCUACAGCAGGGCCGCCUACUUCUGCAUCUUCUGCGCUCUCAUCUGGAUGCUGGAGCAUCUCCUGCGCAGGAAGGACCUGCCCGUGUCCAGCAUGUACGGGGUCACCAUCGUCUGCCAGGACGCCCUGCGCUUCUUGCAGACCCUGCUCCUAGGCUUCACUCACUGCUUCCCCAUCACCUUCCUGGUGGGCCUCUUCCCACAAGUCAACACCUUCAGCAUCUACCUGCUGGAGCAGGUGGACAUCCACCUCUUUGGUGGCACAGCGGCCACCAGCCUGGCGUCUGCGGUCUACAGCAUCCUGCGCAGCCUGACAGCUGUGUCUCUGCUGUACGGCUUCUGCUUGGGGGCUCUGAAGGAGCCGUGGGACGAGCAGCACACGCCGGCCUUGUUCUCGGGCUUCUGCGGCCUCCUGGUGGUCUUCUCCUACCACCUGAGCCGGCAGAGCAGCGACCCCUCCAUCAUGCUGUCGCUGGUCAGGUCCACAGUGGUGCCCACUUUGGUGGAGAGUGAGGAAGAGGAAGGGGAAGACGUUGAAGACCCUCUGCCGAAGAAGCUGCAGAACUCUAUGAAGGAGAUUCUGCUGUCUGAUGUGAUCGUGUGCUCGCUGGCCUACAUCCUGACCUUCGCCAUCACCGCCAGCACCGUCUUCCUGUCUCUGAAGCCCUUCGUCACCAUCGUGCUGUACGCGCUGGCCGGGACGGUGGGCGUGGUCACCCAUUACCUCAUCCCCCAGCUGAGGAAGCACCACCCCUGGUUGUGGAUCUCACACCCGCUGCUGAAGACCAGAGAGUUCCAUCAGUUUGAACCCAGAGAGGAGGCGGUGCUGAUGUGGUUCGAGCGUGUGUACGUGGGUCUGCUGUGCUUUGAGAAGUACGUGGUGUAUCCCGCCAUCAUACUGAGCGCGCUCACCAACCACGGCUUCGCUCUGAGUCACGGCAAGAGGCUGGGAGUCCACGGUGAUGUCCUCCUGACCACGGUGGCUGGGAUGAAACUUCUACGCUCGUCCUUCUGUGACUCCAGCUUCCAGUUCCUCACGCUGCUCUUCACGCUGCUCUUCUUCCACUUUGACUGCCCGCACGCCUCUGAGAGCUUCCUGCUGGACUUCUUCAUCAUGUCCAUCGUCUUCCACAAGAUGCGCGAGCUGCUCCUGAAGCUUCACUUCAUCCUGGUCUACAUGGCGCCAUGGCAGAUCGCCUGGGGCAGCGCCUUCCACGCCUUCGCCCAACCCUUCGCCGUGCCUCACUCGGCCAUGCUGCUGCUGCAGACUCUCAUCACCACCGUCUUCUACACACCGCUGGCUCCCUUCCUGGGCAGCGCCAUCUUCAUUUCCUCCUACCCGCGACCCGUCAAGUUCUGGGAGAGAAAUUACAACACCAAGCGCAUCGACAACUCCAACAGCCGGCUGGUGUCUCAAGUGGAUAAGGAGACGGGCUGCGACGACAACAACCUGAACUCCAUCUUCUACGAGUACCUGACUCGCUCGCUGCAGCACUCGCUGUGCGGGGAUCUCAUGCUGGGCCGCUGGGGCAACUACAGCUCCGGGGACUGCUUCAUCCUGGCGUCGGACUACCUCAACGCCCUGGUGCACCUCAUUGAGAUCGGCAACGGGCUGGUCACCUUCCAGCUGAGAGGGCUGGAGUUCAGAGGAACAUACUGCCAGCAGCGAGAGGUGGAGGCCAUCACGGAGGGCGUGGAAGAAGACGACGCCUGCUGCUGCUGCGAGCCGGGCCACUUGCCCCACAUGCUGUCCUGCAACGCCGCCUUCAACCUGCGCUGGCUGGCUUGGGAGGUGACGGCCACCAAGUACCUGCUGGAGGGCUACAGCAUCAGCGAGAACAACGCCGCCACCAUGCUGCAAGUCUACGACCUGCGGAAGCUGCUCAUCACCUACUAUCUGAAGAGUAUUAUUUACUACUUGGUCCACUCUCCCAAACUGUCCACCUGGCUUAAGGACGCCGCCAUCUACGAGGCGCUGCAGUCCUACACCAAAUGGCACCACAUAGAGCGAGACCCUCAGGUCUUCAGCGUCAAGAUAGAUGAGGAUUACGUGCACUGCCUGCAGGGGGUGACGCGGGCCAGUUUCUGCAACGUUUACCUGGAGUGGAUCCAGUACUGCGCCGGCAAGAUGGAGGCGCCUGUGGAAAGUGAUGAAGACUCUCCUCUGGUGACUUUGUCAUACGCCCUGUCGGUCCUGGGGAGAAGAUCGCUGGGCACGGCCUCACACAACAUGUCCAACAGCUUGGACUCCUUCCUGUACGGUUUCAACACGCUGUUCAAAGGUGAUUUCCGUAUCGCCACCAAAGACGAGUGGGUGUUUGCUGAUCUGGACCUCCUGCAGAGGGUGGUGGCUCCUGCCGUCAGGAUGAGCCUGAAGCUGCACCAGGACCACUUCACUUGCCUGGAGGAGACGGAGGAGGCGGCCAUCUUGUAUGAGACCAUCACCAACUACCGCAGCAGCCUGGUCAUUUGCCACGAGAGCGACCCGGCCUGGCGCAAGGCGGUGCUGUCCAGCCGCGACACUCUGCUGACGCUGCGACAUAUGGUGGAUGACGGCACAGACGAGUACAAGAUCAUCAUGCUGUACAAACGCCACCUCAGCUUCAAGGUCAUCAAGAUUAACAAGGAAUGCAUACGGGGCCUGUGGGCGGGCCAGCAACAAGAGCUGGUCUUCCUACGCAACCGCAACCCAGAACGAGGCAGCAUCCAGAACUCCAAGCAGGCUUUGAGGAACAUGGUCAACUCCUCCUGCGACCAGCCGCUGGGCUACCCCAUGUACGUGUCGCCGCUGACAACGUCGUACGCGGGGACGCACCGGACGCUCCGCACCAUCGGGGGAGGGGCUUCAAGCUUGGACGCCAUUCGUUCGUGGCUGUGCUCCAAAUGGCUGAGGGUGCGCAAGGACAACAUGACCAGCUGCAACAACAUAGAGGAAGGUGAGUGCACCACAGGUGCUUCAUCGUCUCUGAGUCACCACCGCCCGUCCUCCGUCACCUCCAACACUUUGAGUGUGCACCAGCAGAGGACCUGCAACACCCGCACUCACCGCCACCACACCUCAGGCAGGAGAGACCGCAGCAGGUCAGUGCAGCCACAGACUCAGCGGGCGCCUGUCAGCAGCCAAUCAGGAGCCAUCCUGGACUCAGCAUCCAAUCACGGCCUGAUCCAACGUCUGUCCAACAGCCAGCUGUCCUUCAACACAUCCAUCGCAUCCAUCUUCUCCCAGGGUCCUCGUCAGGCAGCAACAGGUGGGGUCACAUCUCAGGUCCAAGCAGCACCACAUCCUUCCAGCCAGGUGUCCUCGUCCUCGUCCACCCUCAGUCUGCUUUUUGGCAAGCGCAGCUUCUCCAGUGGUCUGGUGAUCUCGGGUCUGUCGGCGGCUGAGGGGGGCAACACCACCGACACCCAGUCCUCUUCCAGCGUCAAUGUGGCCCUGGGGCCCUCACAGCGCUCAGGCAGCAGGGCCACGCAGUGGACGUCCGAGAGCAGAGAUGAAAGCCUUCCCAACAACGCCACCACUACUGCAGAGCAGUCAUGUGACCACAGCCACAGCCAGGGAUUGGACAAGACGGCCCCGGAGGACGCAGAGUCACCAACUGUUGACACCACCAAUGAAAAGACCGUGUGAGACAUAAGGAAACCAACCCAUUUGUUCCCCCAGACGGAGACCGUAGGCCGCUUUGAACUUUCAAUCUUCACCACCAGGAUGUUACCAUGGAGACUGUAGGCCGCUUUGAACUUUCAAUCUUCACCACCAGGAUGUUACCAUGGAGACUGUAGGCCGCUUUGAACUUUCAAUCUUCACCACCAGGAUGUUACCAUGGAGACUGUAGGCCGCUUUGAACUUUCAAUCUUCACCACCAGGAUGUUACCAUGGAGACUGUAGGCUGCUUUGAACUUUCAAUCUUCACCAGGAUGUUACCAUGGAGACUGUAGGCCGCUUUGAA